AUGCAGGACCCACCCCGGAGGCUCUCGGCCAUGCCCUUCCUCAGCUCCUUCUUACAGGGCCGCCGGCACUCCGCCUCAGACACCGUGCUGAGGCUGCCACAGGGACAGCACAGCUCCGCCACCAAGAUGCUCUCCUCAUCCUCUCUCCAGGUGAUGCUAGCUGUGUCCUCUCUCAGCUGCGCCAAGAGAAACCCAACUUGCCCCGAGAGAAAAAGUAAAGGCAAUUCAGGACGUCCAACACCAAAGUAUACAAAAGUCGGAGAGCGUUUACGGCAUGUCAUUCCUGGACACGUGGCCUGCUCCAUGGCAUGCGGGGGCAGAGCGUGCAAGUACGAAAACCCAGGCCGCUGGAGUGAGCAGGAGCAGGCCAUUCGGGGGAUCUACUCGUCCUGGGUCACUGAUAGCAUCCUGGCAAUGGCUCGCCCAUCCACUGAGCUCCUGGAGAAGUACCGCAUCAUCGAGCAGUUUCUGAGCCAUGGCUUAAAAACAAUCAUUAACCUGCAGCGGCCUGGCGAGCAUGCCAGCUGUGGGAACCCUCUGGAACAAGAAAGUGGUUUCACGUACCUUCCAGAAGCUUUCAUGGAGGCCGGCAUUUAUUUCUACAAUUUCGGAUGGAAGGAUUAUGGUGUAGCGUCGCUUACCACCAUCUUAGAUAUGGUGAAGGUGAUGACAUUUGCCUUACAAGAAGGAAAAGUAGCUGUCCAUUGUCACGCCGGGCUUGGUAGAACAGGUGUUUUAAUAGCUUGUUACUUAGUUUUUGCGACAAGAAUGACUGCUGAUCAAGCUAUUAUAUUUGUUCGGGCAAAGCGUCCCAAUUCCAUUCAGACUCGAGGACAGCUACUCUGUGUGAGGGAAUUUACUCAGUUUCUGAUUCCUCUUCGCAACAUAUUCUCUUGCUGUGAUCCCAAAGCACAUGCCGUCACCUUAACACAGUAUCUGAUCCGCCAGCGGCAUCUGCUUCAUGGUUAUGAGGCUAGACUCCUGAAACACGUGCCAAAAAUUGUUCACCUCGUGUGCAAACUGCUGCUGGACUUAGCUGAGAACAGGCUCGUGGCGGCAGAAGAAGUGGUAGAAGCACCUGACCUCUCUGCUGAAAUUGAGAAGACCGUUUCCGAGGUGGUCACGAUGCAGCUGGAUAGAGAGUUGCUGAGGCCCGAUAGCGAGGUGUCGGACUCCUUCACCUCUACCACAGUGCCAGUGGAUUUUGCGAAUCAAGAGGUGAUUCUUUCCAGCGAGCAAGAGUUUGACCCUCUUUGGAAGAGGCGGAAUGUAGAGUGUCUUCAGCCUCUGACUAACCUGAAAAGGCAGCUCAGCUACAGCGAGUCAGAUUUGCAGAGGGCUGAGUCUCUUGCAGAGCAGCUGGGGACUCCGUGGACGGUGCCUGCUCAGGUCUCAUUCUGCCACAAUCCCACACAGCAGACUCCUGUAAGCCACUGCAAUGCCUCACAGACUCCACAGCUAGACUUAAAUAAGGAAAUGCUGGUCUGUAGUACAUUUUCUUUCUGGAAUCCAGCUAAAUUUGGAGGCUUAGAACAACUCAAAGAUGAUGGGUCACCAAUUUUCCAAAAGAUUAUUCCAAAGGAAGUACAGCGGAGUAGGACCUUCUCUUCAGGUGUUUUAAGUUCAUAUAACCCUGGGGAACCAGUUACAACCAAUGUUGCAGAUAUUCCCAAGGAACUACCCCAUUUUCCCCAUCAAGGGACCCUGUGUCAGUGUGAAGUCCACGGUGGCUGCAGCCCAGCAGACUGUGGCUCCAGCCCCAAAGCACCGUCUUUGAUUGGACCUAAAACCCAGAGCAGCAAAGAUGUACCUGAAGUCACUCCACACACUGCUUUGCAGUCUGAAUUGAGUGUUGAAGAAAGGAGAAUACUGGCAGCCAAAGCCCUGGCAAACUUAAGUGAGUUUGUAGAAAAGGAGGACGUGAAGAGGAAGGUGGAAAUGUGGAAGAAAGAGCUGAAUUCCCGAGAUGGAGCUUGGGAAAGAAUAUGUGGUGAGAGGGAUCCUUUCAUCCUGUGCAGUUUGAUGUGGUCUUGGGUGGAGCAGCUGAAGGAGCCUGUGAUAACCCAAGAGGACGUGAGCAUGCUGGUUGGCAGGCGUGCAGAUGCAGCAGAGGCCCUGUUUCUGUUAGAGAAGGGCAAGCACCAGACUAUUCUUUGCGUGUUGCACUGCAUAGUGAGCCUGCAGACAGUUCCCGUGGACGUGGAGGAAGCCGUCCUUGCCCACGCCAUUAAAGCUUUCACUAAGGUUAAUUUUGAUUCUGAAAAUGGACCAAUUGUUUACAGCACCCUAAGGAAAAUAUUUAAGCACAUACUUGAAGAAAAAAGAAAAAUGAUGAAAGACAACCCAAAGAUUAGUGUUUAGUGCCUCUGACUUUCCCUUCAUGGCUAAUAUUUCAGACCAGAAGGUCCAGGCGACAUUUCUGUUCAUAGGUGAACAGGUUCCAGUGUGGAGGCGGUGUCUCCCAGCGCCUCAUGUCAGUGCUCUUGCUUUGUGCUAAGAAUGGCCGCUUCUGUGUGGAGCACUUGUUUAUUUUAAAAUGUGUUGAGCUACAUUUUUGUGUUAAAAA